UCAUAAAGUACCGUAUGUGGUGUCAAUUCCUCUGCAAUCAAGCAUUACACAAGCGGGCGAUCUGCAUUAGCCACGCCCCUCUGGAAGCGGCGCAGCCAAUCAGAGGCCGCCGUGCGGAAAGAUGUCCUUUUAUGGAGAGGGGCUGCAGCCCGGGCUCUAAUAAAGUCCUGCAACUUACUGGCCUCCGUCGCAGUCUGGUCCAGACACCUCCUCGAGCAGAGCACCGCUCAGUCCCAGGCUUUACUCACUAUCCUCCUCAGCACAGAAAAAUGGAAGACGAAAUCGCCGCCCUCGUUGUUGACAACGGAUCUGGUAUGUGCAAAGCUGGCUUUGCAGGAGACGAUGCUCCACGUGCCGUCUUCCCCUCCAUUGUUGGUCGCCCCAGGCAUCAGGGUGUAAUGGUCGGUAUGGGCCAGAAGGACAGCUAUGUUGGUGAUGAAGCACAGAGCAAAAGGGGAAUCCUGACCCUGAAGUAUCCCAUUGAGCAUGGUAUCGUGACCAACUGGGAUGAUAUGGAGAAGAUCUGGCAUCACACUUUCUACAAUGAGCUGAGAGUUGCCCCCGAGGAGCACCCAGUCCUGCUGACAGAAGCACCCCUGAACCCCAAGGCCAACAGGGAAAAGAUGACCCAGAUCAUGUUUGAGACCUUCAACACGCCUGCCAUGUACGUGGCCAUCCAGGCUGUGCUGUCCCUGUACGCCUCUGGUCGUACCACUGGUAUCGUCAUGGACUCCGGUGAUGGUGUGACCCACACUGUCCCCAUCUAUGAAGGCUAUGCUCUCCCCCACGCCAUCCUCAGGUUGGACCUGGCUGGAAGGGACCUCACAGACUACCUCAUGAAAAUCCUGACCGAGAGGGGUUACAGCUUCACCACCACAGCUGAACGUGAGAUCGUGCGUGACAUUAAGGAGAAGCUGUGCUAUGUUGCACUGGACUUUGAGCAAGAAAUGGGAACUGCUGCCUCUUCCUCUUCAUUGGAGAAGAGCUACGAGCUGCCUGACGGCCAGGUUAUCACCAUUGGCAAUGAGAGGUUCCGUUGCCCCGAGGCCCUCUUCCAGCCUUCUUUCCUGGGUAUGGAGUCUUGUGGUAUCCAUGAAACCACCUUCAACAGCAUCAUGAAGUGUGACGUUGAUAUCCGUAAGGACUUGUACGCCAACACUGUCCUGUCUGGAGGCACCACCAUGUACCCUGGAAUUGCUGACCGCAUGCAGAAGGAGAUCACUGCCCUGGCACCCACCACCAUGAAGAUCAAGAUCAUUGCUCCCCCAGAGAGGAAGUACUCUGUAUGGAUUGGAGGCUCCAUCCUGGCUUCCCUGUCCACCUUCCAGCAGAUGUGGAUCAGCAAGCAGGAAUAUGAUGAGUCUGGCCCCAGCAUUGUCCACAGGAAGUGCUUCUAAAGACUGAGUCCACCCCCCCACCCCAGAAAAAAACCCCACUGCUCCAAGCCCGAACAGGCUCUGCAUACACGUCUCCACCAACACGCUGUAUGCUGAGCCUACACCUCUUCCCAUUCUGUCUCACUCUGGCUAUGGCACUAUUUGCCCCCUAAUGGGGAGAAACUGAUGCCAGAGCAUUCCAGGCAGUGUGAAUUGAAGAACAUGAUAACGUUGUCGUGUUUGUGUAGGUCAUUCCAGAUGUCUGUGUUCACCUUAUUUGCCUCUAUGAAGGUUUAUUCUGAUGGGCCCUCUACCCAUCAGACCUGUAGUUUUGCUUGAUAUGUAAAUUAUGUAAUCUGAAUUUUUGUUUUUGUACUCAGCCUUAAAUAAUACUUGGUCCAGUUUGUCAUGCAAAAAAGCCAAGGCUUCUACCUUGUGUUGAGGUGUCUGAAGGUUUGUGCAUGGGGCUUCACGCCUCUGGUUUCCACAACAACCCAAUAAAGCGCACAUGUCUGAGA